GGAGGAGGAGGAGGAAGCGGAAGUGGAGGUGGAAAUCCGCCAGUAAACGAGUGCGCCGACCCAGCACUCGCAGUUGCUCUCUUGAGAGCAUACCAACCGACAUAUGUGGAUCACUUUUAUACCACAAGCGCCCCUGAGAUGAAUAACGCUGUCACCAAUCUCGGAUACGACGCGGAGGGCACCACCGCAUAUGUCUUCACCUCCCAAGAGACCUUCACUAUCCCGCUCUAUCGGAUGUACAAUCCGACUGUCAUAGACCAUUUCUACACCACAUCGUAUUCCGAGGUGCAGUACGCAGCUGCAAAUGAUGGUUACGACUACGAGGAGAUCACUGCCUAUGUCUACAGCACUAACAUAUGCGGAAGUAUCCCUCUCUACCGUCUAUACAGCGCAGGUGGAACGGAUCACUUUUACACUACAUCUGCAUCCGAGGCCAACAACGCUGCCACCAACCUUGGUUAUACCUCGGAGGGUAUAGCAGCUUAUGUACUUGCUGCUCAAUGAUCUAACAUGCUACUUACAAGUCUUUUCCAUCGAUUUAGCUUCAUACUUCUUUUGAUAUGUGGGCAUUGUGUACGUUACUUAGAAGUCGCUGUGGUUUGCUUUUCUUUUACAGUUCUUUGUAUAAAUCCGUGAAAACGGG